GGUUGAUUGACAUGUAUGUACAAGUGGUCCGUAAGCCUUAGUCGUCACUCAAUUGCUGAACGAAAUGGAACGCCACCAGCUUGUAGGAUUCUUUCUUCUUGCUCUCUUCUCCGGUUGUGUGGUUGCUGGCCCAGGUAACAAGGAACUGGGCUUCGUGCAGAAGAUUGAGGGUGGAGUCUACAAUGCGUUGUGUUGGGUGUUCGAUCUUUACCCAAUAUCCAUAUCCAAACAACUAUUCCAGAUCCCAGGACUGGAAGGUCGAAUAGUUAAAACCGGUCCUCCCAGCAGAUGUAGCAAGAUUAUACUAACUGCAGGGUACAAAUACCCACCAGAGAGUGAACUGAAGAAACUGAGAGAUAGUAAACUUCCAGUGGUUUGGGUUAUAGGAGGUCCUGGCUCAGGCAAAGGCACUCUUUGCGGUCAGAUGGCCAAAAACGAAGGAUUCACUCACAUUUCAGUUGGAGAAUUGUUGAGAGCAAAGGUUCAAAGUGACCCUGACUCGACCAAAAGCAAAGCCCUUGAGAAGACUAUGUUACAAGGAGGACUGAUACCUGAUUCUGCCUCUUUAUCAAUCUUGGCAAGUGACAUGAUUUCCAAGCUCGACACAUCUAAAGGUUUCUUAAUCGACGGGUUUCCAAGAAAACUUGAAGACGGUGUGAAAUUCCAGGAAAAGAUCAAACCUCCAGAUGCUAUUAUCGUCCUGGAGGUUAGUGAUGAAAUCAUGAGAAAAAGAGCGCUCAGUAGACAAGAAAACCGGAAAGAUGACAAUGAAGGGACAUUUAACAGACGGCUGAAAACAUUUCACAAACAACACAAACUUGUUAUAAAAAACAAAAAGUUUUCUAAAAAAGUCAGAAAGAUAAAUGCAGAGAGGACAAUAGAAAAGAAUUUUGAGGAAUUUGCUGAGAUAAUCCAUGGUUUGGUACCAAAACCAACCGGAACCGAUAAUCCGAGUUCCAAGAGUUUGGAACCAAAACCAACCAGAACCAAUGAUCCAAGUUCCAACAGUGGGGAACCAGCAAAACCAACUGGAACCAAUGAUCCGAGUUCCAACAGUGGGGAACCAAAACCAACCGGACCCAAUGAUCCGAGUUCCAACAGUGGGGAACCAAAAGCAAUCGGAACCAAUGUUCAGAGUUCCAACAGUGGGGAACCAAAACCAACCGGAACCAAUGAUCAGAGUUCCAAAAGUGGGGAACCAAAACCAACCGGACCCAAUGAUCAGAGUUCCAAAAGUGGGGAACCAAAACCAGCCGGAACCGAAAAUCAGAGUUAAAGCAACCAAUAAGUGGAAAUCAGCAUUUUCUUGUAGAAAAAGCAUAAAUAAUUAUUUUUGUGCAGAAAACA